GUUACCCACUCCAGUCAGCAGAUGGCGAUGGAAGGCUUUCAGGUGAUGCUUCUUGCGUGACGUAUAAUCUAGUGGACGGAAAGCUUCAACGGCAGUAAAAGACUACUGAUUCAACCACUUCGGUAGCGCACAUUAAACCAGUCUUGUUUAUAUUAAUGUCGGUGUUUUUAAACAUCAUUCUGUUUUACGUAUUGACUAGUUGAAAAAAAGAAGUUAUUUGCUUGUUAAAUGAAAUUGGCUAAUUUGUUCAAUUGUUAACGUUACUGCGCUAGGCUAAACGCUAAUGCUAACUAUCUAGCUAGCUAACAUCGCGACCAUGUGCUCACUAAGCUAUUUGGAGAAAGAAGCUCUAGGGCUGAACAUCAUCGUAAAAGAAGAAGAGGAAGAAUCUUUAAGAAUAAAAAAGGAAGAAGAGGAGACUGUCACAUUAGAAGAAGAAGAGGUGGAUAUUACAGUGAAAGAAGAGAAAGAACCUCUUGGAGUAAAAGAGGAGGAUGAGGAGGAGACUGAAGAUCCUGUUAACACCAGAGAGAGACAUGACUAUGGUGGAUCCUCUGCGGAGCCUCAACAACAUGCUGAUGCUGAUGAGGCAGAGAAGAGUCUCUCCAGAUCAGAACACCAGAUGGACAACGCUAGCCCUUCCUCCCUCCCAGAGUCCCCGUGUCAUGCCUCUCCUGUUAGCACCUUACUGCGAGAGGAGAAGAAGAAGAAGAAAGGAUCAGAUUUGACUCAUCAAAGAGAAAGACCAGACUCUGAGGAACCAGAGGAAGAAACGUCCAAACCAGCAAGACCAUACCACUGCUCCCAGUGUGUGAAGAGUUUUACCCAGUUAGGGAACAUGAAAAGACACGAGAGGACACACACAGGUGAUAAACCUUACCACUGCUCCCAGUGUGGAAAGAGUUUUACCCAGAUAGAGUCCCUGAAAAAGCACAAGAGAAUACAUCCAGGAGAAAAGCCAUACCACUGCUCCCAGUGUGGAAAGAGUUUUAACCAGUCAAGGGACCUGAAAGAUCAUAAGAGAAUACAUAGAGGAGAAAAGCGCCACCACUGCUCCCAGUGUGGAAAGAGUUUUACUCAGUUAGGGAGUCUGAAAAGUCAUAAGCGAAUACACUCUGGAGAGAAGCCUUACCACUGCUCCAAAUGUGGAAUUGCUUUUUCAGCGUUAAAAACCUUGAAAAUGCAUGAGAGAAUACACACAGGUGAGAAGCCUUAUCACUGUUCCUACUGUGGAAAGAGUUUUAGACGAUCGCAACAUCUGAAAUCACACGAGAGAAUACACACAGGAGAAAAGCCUUACCACUGUUCCCAGUGUGGAAUGAGUUUUAGGCAGUUAACGGGCCUCAAAGGUCAUAUGCAAAUGCACUCUGGAGAGAAGUCUAACACAUGUUCUCAUUGUGGAAAGAGUUUUCUGAGGUUAAGCAAUCUGAAAUCGCAUGAGCAUAUACACACAUACAAGGAAAAGCUCUACCAAUGUUCCUCGUGUGGAAAGUGGUUUACCCAGUUAGAAGCCCUGAUUAUGCACGACAGGACACACACAGGAGGGGAUAAGACCUACCACUGCUCCCAGUGUGGAAAGAGAUUUAAUUGGUUAAGGCAGCUGAAUAAGCAUGAAAGAAUACAUACACAGGAGGAGAAGACAUACCACUGCUCUCAGUGUGGAAAGACAUUUUCCCAGUCAGAGGACCUGAAAUCACAUGAGAGAAUAGAGAGGCUGUGUUCUGACUUGUGUUUCUGAUCAUUUGUGUUUUUUGUUUCAUGCCGCGUGAAAUCAAAUUGUAUGAAACCAGAAAAAAGGUUCACUUUGGUUGUUUUUUCAUUUUGAGACAUGAUCAUGUCUAAUAUCAGAUUAAAUAUUUAAAAUGGUC